GCCCAACCCCAAAUUACUACCCUGAGAGGAAACGGUGAUGACGAAAGCGCGUAAAUCGGCAGCUGGAACCAAGAGGUGCUCUGGUUGCGCGGUUUGAACGGUGAACACAAGUGCUUAGCCGGAGGCUCCACAUACGAGGGAAGCUUUGGUUACGCGUGCGUUCCCAUUUGGAUCGGAGAAGGAUGUUGCCCCGUGUGUCUCUUAUUGUCUUCAGUGUCUGAUUUUUUUUUUUUUUUUUUUGAGUUUGAGAUGCAUCGCGUGUUGUGCCAUCCUCUGCAGCGCGGUAAACUUUACAGGCUAAUGAGUCACAUUUGACCAUUUAAAAGUGCCAGUAAAAAGAGGAAGAAGUUUAUUCACUGAAAAUGUCCACGACGCAACUCAUCUCCCCGGCGCCCAACCAGAGCUACCUUUCCACGGCCACCUACGAGAAGACAGACCCCGUGGGGGUGGAGAGGCAAAUUCGCCUGCUGCUUUUUGGCUUGUGCGUAACCAUCGCCGCCGCUACCUUCGUCGGAGGUGUGUAUUCGCUGCUCUCUCUCCUCCGGAUGAGGAGAAAAACCUCCUUGUGUCUUAUUGUGGCUUCCAUGUCGGUGGACGAUCUGCUCAGUGUGGUCCCUCUGUCCUUGUUCAUGCUCCUGCAGUGGGAGACGGAUGGAGGUGGAGGGUCGGGCAGCCUGUGCACUUUAUCUGGACUUCUGUACGUGUUUCAGGGUGUUUCGAGCAAUAUGAAGGCUUGCCUUAUAGCAGCCUACACUUUUUAUGUCACCAAGAGAUUUGGAGUGCUUCAGUCUGUCCGCCGGCCCCUUAGAGUGAUGUGGGCCAUUGCCGGUGUGUGGGCGGUCAGCCUGGCCGUCAGUGUGUUACCUUUGUGCGGAUGGGGCAGCUUUACGCCAGCCUCUCUCGGGUGUUUCCCAGAGAGCGACAGUUUCUACAUCCUGCUGCUUUUCUCUUUAUAUUCCCUGUGUUUCUGCGGCUUGUUGUUUUUCUUUAUCCCCCUCACCUACCAGCUGCUGUGCUCCAGAGAACCCCAGAGGACUUUGCUGUACCCAAGCUAUCUGGAGAUGGCGAGGGGACUGAGUGGCUCUGCUCCCCUCUGUGAUCUCCAGUCAUUUUCCCGGGACAGCCUGAACAAAAGUUUCGGUGCCUACAACGAGCUGAGUCCAAGUUCUUGCGGGACAGAGCUCAGGGAGAAAGAGGACAGCUGUCUGUCCCCAGUGUCUGUCAACGGGCAGAGGACAGCCGCUGUAGAGGACACACCAGUGGUAUUUGCACAAAAACGCUUCUCCAUGAUCCUGGCUGUUGUCCGAGUUAUUUUAUGGAUGCCAAUGAUGACUUUGGUGCUGGUGCGCCACGCUCUGAAUGCACGAAGCUCAUCCCUGGAGACUCUGAGUUUCUUUCUCACUCUGCUUGCCCCUGCGGUCACUCCGUUAUUCGUGCUGUCUGAGCGCUGGAUCCACAUGCCAUGUGGUUGUUUCAUUAACUGCAAACGGGAUCCAGCACAGGAACCCUCAGUGAUGAAAAGAAGAUUUGAGUUCAACCUUUCCUUCCAGCAAGGUUAUGGAGUGUACAAGUUGUCGCAUGCCACCGUGUCUCAUAACAGCCUGCCCCUUGACAAGUCUGCCUAUCACAGUCUCUUUAACUGUGAUUUCCCGAAUACCCGUCUCGAUGCACUAGAAAGUGGCGGGCUCUCCAACCUGGGACCCCAUUUUGAUUUCAGCACCACCCGCCCUGUGGACAGCUCCUCUCAUGCAGACCUUCUGUUGGAGGCUGUAGCUGGGGGAGGAGAGGCGCUGGCCGACUGCCCUCCACUCCAUCACGAGAACAGCGGAGGUGAUGGUGACUUCCGCUGUGCCCCAUCGCUGCCCUCUCAUCAUCUGGAGCAGGACCACAACCUCAUUGACACGUCAUCUGUAUUCGAGGGGACGGAGAGGAGGCUGUCACAUGAGGAGUGUCGGAAAAUUGAGCUGACAGACUGGGAGUGGUGCAGGAGUAAAUCAGAGAGAACACCCAGACAGCGGUCGUCAGGCGGUCUGUCAAUCCCCCUGUGCGCCUUUCAGGGCACUGUUUCCCUGCAAGCACCCACAGGGAAGACCCUUUCUCUCUCCACCUAUGAAGUCAGCAGUGAUGGCCUCAAAAUCUCCCCCAAUAAUGCCAAGAAGGUGGAAGUGUAUCGCUCCAAGUCAGUUGGCCACGAGCCCAGUGCAGAUGAUCCAGGAUCAGGAGGCCAGACCGGAGACAUGAAUGUCAGCAGUGCAGGGAUGGGCAUGGAGAUAGGAAUGGGGAUGGGUAUAGGAGCUGGUGUAGGGGACACCAAUGUCAAGAUCCACCUCGAGGUUCUGGAGAUCUGUGACAAUGAGGAGGCCAUGGACAGUGUCUCUAUCAUCUCGAACAUCAGCCAGUCCUCCACGCACGCCCGCUCGCCAUCGCUGCGUUACUCACGGAGGGAGAAUCGCUUUGUCUCCUGCGACCUGGGCGAGACCGCUUCCUACUCUCUGCUCAUCCCAAGCGGCGGCAACCCGGAGUCAGAGACCAUCAAUAUCACUAUACCUGACACUGUGGAGGCUCAUCGGCAGAACAGCCGGCGGCAGACGCAGGAGAGCUCAGGGUAUCGUGAGGAGAUACAGCUGCUCAAUGAGGCUUACCGAAAGCAAGCUGGGGAGAGUGAAGAGUGACAUAUAUACAGGAAAAAAAAUAAGUGUUGAUUUGGAGGAGGUUGAAAGAGCACCUUUGACAGUGAAAGAUGAAAGAGAAAUUUCCUAAUCCUUCCAUGUUUACUUUAUUCUGAUCACCACACUAAUAGAACUGACAGGUGACCCAAAUAGAGCUUUAGCUAAAGAUAAUAAUGUCUGUUUUCCUACUCUUCAACUUCCUCUUUAGAUAGUAUCAUAAGAGCACACGCAUCACAUCUCUUUAGAGUGCAUAGAGAUAGAUUAGUUUAUGAAGGAAGCGGGGGAGAGACAGAGCAAAAGGAAAGGGAGGGUAGGAGACAGUAACUGAAUUCUAGCAGUGCAUCUGUAUUCCAUGCAAGGCUUUCAACAUAUGGCAGUCUGUCAUUAUAAAAUAGAUACAGCAAGACAGAAAUUCACUUAGAAGUGUAAAAAGAGGGAACCAAGGUCCGGUCACGUGUCUAAUUCGAAUCUGCUCCUGUAGACUACGUCACUGGUGACUCAGCUGUGAGGAGAGAGGUCACCUGACCCGUGUGUGUCUGACUCAUCUCAGUGUGUUGUUGUUGUGCAUUUUCGUUUGUGAGAAGUAGCCUUGCCCAUAAGGAUGAGGUUAUACAUACUGUAUGAGAGUAAUGGUUUGUGAUGUCGAAAAACCCCAAAACAUAGUCAUAUCUUUCCCUUAUAUGACAGUAUUUAUUCUACAUAUAUUUCUUUUAGUUACAAUGUGUUCAGCGUCUAUGUCCAUCAUGUUUACAUAAAUUAACGUCGCUACUAUCAAAUGAGAGAGGCAGACUGCUAUCCAGGCAGAAAAAUCUAAAACAGGUGGAGAGGAAAUUGAAAGGAGAGUCAAGCAUUUUGAGAUGGAGUGCAAGUGAUUACUGAAGAAGGGCGAUACUUAUGCAGAGCAGUUUUCUGCCUCUGCACGUUCAGUGCAAUUUAAAUGAGUGACACUGUGCAUAUUUUACUACAGUAUAUAGGCAGCAUAUGAAUGUACAUUCCAAAGCCACUUAGGGGAAUCAUCUCUGCCUGCUCAGUUCACUGCCCUUCCAAUCAGUGUGCCACAGGGGCCUCUCACUUUCUGUCAAAUACAUGCAUAAAUUCAGGACUGGAAUAAAAUUUACAUAGAUAGUAUUGUGUAUCAGAACUGUUUUUUUGAAUGGUUACAUGGUUACUAAAAAGAUGUAUCAGAAGCAUAUAAAUCUUUGUUCUCUUUCACAGGUGAUAUCAGUAUGUCAAUUCCUUAUAUGCACAUUUAUAUGUACAUGAGUGUGUAUAUGCAGUAACAUAGUAAAAUGGGUAUUUUAGAGUAACUUUAGAAUCUAUAUUUAUUUCAGUUUGUUUCAUGUUGGAGUCUUUCGUAUAUGAGCUGUUUUGUUGCUUGAUCUUCAACACAACAUCGGCACUUUGUGGACUUCAUUUCCAGGCUUUCAAAUUGUCCUUUAGCGAGCUCCCUUCAUCAGCUGCGACAUGUUCCAUCCCCCCUGAAGAAUGUUUUCAUUAAAGAUUUAUACCAGAAAAUUGCCUCCAACAGGAUUG